CCCAGUCUAGCCUCUCUCAGGCUCUACUUUGGCUGCUGCAUCCAGUUAAUCCUCCCGGCUGGUGGAGCUGCAGCUAUGGCGGUCAUCGCCGAGGGCGCCCGCAGGAAGGAGCGCGUUCUCUGCCUGUUUGACGUGGACGGGACCCUUACGCCAGCUCGCCAGAAAAUUGACCCUGAGGUGGCUGCCUUCCUGCAGAAGCUUCGAGGGAGAGUACAGAUCGGUGUGGUGGGUGGCUCCGACUAUGCCAAGAUUGCUGAGCAGCUGGGUGAUGGGGAUGAAGUCAUCGAGAAGUUUGAUUAUGUGUUUGCUGAGAAUGGGACGGUGCAGUAUAAGCAUGGACGACUACUCUCCAAGCAGACCAUCCAGAACCACCUGGGGGAGGAGCUGCUACAAGACUUGAUAAACUUCUGCCUUGGCUACAUGGCCCUGCUCAGACUGCCCAAGAAGCGUGGAACCUUCAUCGAGUUCCGGAAUGGCAUGCUGAACAUCUCACCCAUCGGCCGCAGCUGCACCCUGGAGGAACGGAUCGAGUUCUCUGAACUGGACAAGAAGGAGAAAAUCCGAGAGAAGUUCGUGGAAGCACUAAAAACAGAGUUUGCGGGCAAAGGGCUGAGGUUCUCCCGAGGAGGCAUGAUCAGCUUUGACGUCUUUCCUGAGGGCUGGGACAAGCGCUUCUGCCUGGACAGCCUGGACCAGGAGAGCUUUGACACCAUCCACUUCUUUGGGAAUGAGACCAGCCCUGGCGGGAACGACUUUGAGAUCUUUGCUGACCCCCGGACUGUUGGCCACAGUGUGGUCUCCCCUCAGGACACGGUGCAACGAUGCCGAGAGAUUUUCUUCCCAGAGACAGCCCAUGAGGCGUGACCCACACCUCAGCUAUGCGUGGUGACUUCCAAAGAGCUCAGUCCAGGCCUGAAGUGGGACCCUGGUGCUGAUGGCUGCUGGGCCCCCUUCUCCUCUGGCUCAGGGCACCUGCCUUGUAUUGUGCUGCAAGGCCCACCCAGAAGGGGCCAGGGACUAUGGAUGGCUGUCACCUGGAGCUUCAUUCCCGCUGGGGCAGUCAGCUCCUGAUGAGACUGGCCCUGGCCACAGCUGCUGCUUGUGUUCUGAACAGAACAGGUUUCUGUCUAUACAGGGAGGAGGCGUGUAUGUUGUCAUGAGAGAUCUAGCCCACCCCGCCUGCCUGUCCCAGUUGAUUUGGGUGCCAGGCCCUAGGGAAGGUGCAUAUUUUAGAGAACUUUGUCACAAAUAUUAAAGUUCCCAGAUCAA